GGUCACUUGACCUGUUUGUAACCAGCUUGUGACCUGACUAUGUCCGGCUAGGAUCUAAUUUAAGACGUCAGACAGUCGUGUCAGACAAACUUGUCAGACAGACUUUUCAGACAGACUUGCGACAUCCGACAUGGAAGGGAAAGGAGUUUUUAUCGCUGGGGGUUUGACAGACGAACAGGCAGCCAAUGAGGAGAUUCAGACGAUAGUGGACAAGAUACGUCCCCAACUGGAGGAAAAGAUGAAUAGAACGUUCAAGGUGUUUGAGGCGAUCAGGUACAGGUCACAGGUAGUGGCAGGUACAAACUUCUUUGUUAAGGUGAAGGUGGAUGUGGAUUGCUAUAUCCAUGUUAGGAUCUACCGACAUCUGCCCCCCAAUGGAGAACGUCUGGAGGUCUCCGAUUAUCAGGUUAACAAAAGCUUGGAAGAGAAGAUCGAGUAUUUUUAAAGCAAAAUGGCGUUUUGUUUAAGUUAUUACAUGUAUGCUGAAAAUUUUAGCUAAUGCGUUGUAAAUUAGUGAGAUUUAUAAUUUCGAAUUUACAAUCAUGAUGUUUAUCUAUUUUAUAGUGUUGACGGAAGUGCGAUUAUUAAAAAUUUAAAUUAGUUAAAUCAAUACA